GCUCUCAGAGUGCAGAGGCUGAGCACUGCCAGGCAGAUAGUGAGAUCGAGGACGGGACAGGGCAGGAGACGCAGAAAAAAAGGGAGGGAGACAGAGGCACAGCAGGAGUUACCCAGUCUUCCUAUGCAAGAAGGAGCUCUUUCAACGGAUUCUAAGGGCACUUGCUAAAAAAUCACUCCCUUUGAUCCAAAUAAGCCAUUGCAUUAAUUCUGGCAGGAUAAACAGCACAAUACACUUUUGGAAGAAAGAGGUUUUACACAGCGACUUUACCUUCUGUCCUGGGCAGGUGAACAUGGGCGGUUCGGUGUGUUUCCCCGCCGAUUAAUGGGUUUGCUUGCCUGGUCUGAUCGGAGCAAGUGUGUAAAUGUUCGGUCUGGUCUCCACCUAAAUCCACGGUUUACCAGUGAUCGUGUAUACCAGCCAGGGGGGGAGUUGGGUGCAUAUUACAGGUUGCACCUUCAAACGGCCGAUGGAAACAGAGCCGGUCUGGAUCCAAUGCACACUCGAUCGAAAGCUCUGCACUGAGGGAUGCUACUGAAUUUGGGAGAUGCAGGAGCCGUUUCACAGCUCCUGAACAUCGUUAUUUUGAUUCCGAAUAAAACGACAUUUCUAAAACACGAUGAGAUCCUACCUGCGUUUUUUAGUGUUAAUCUUAUUGUGCUUGCCCCUUACUGUCAGUGAAGAAGGCGAGAUCCCGCAGGAAAUUAUUGAGAAACUAGCUCACAGCGAAAUCCGUAGCAUCAGCGAUCUGCAGCGCCUCCUGGAGAUUGACUCCGUAGGUGAGGAAGAGGAUGCAGAGGCCAGCAUGAGACCUCAUGGUACUCAUUCUUCUCGACACCAUCCCAUAUCCAUUCGCAAGAAGCGUAGCAUCGAGGAAGCUGUCCUUGCAGUCUGUAAAACGAGGACUGUUAUUUACGAAAUACCUCGUAGCCAGGUUGAUCCCGCUUCAGCAAACUUUCUGAUAUGGCCGCCGUGUGUGGAGGUGAAACGCUGCACUGGUUGUUGCAACACUAGUAGUUUGUCAUGCCAACCGUCACAGAUACAUCACAGAGUGGUAAAGGUGGCAAAAGUGGAAUUUGUUAGAAGAAAAACAAAAUUAAAGGAGGUUCUUGUAAGAUUAGAAGAACAUUUGGAGUGUGUAUGUGUACCACAGCAUUCAAAUUCAGAUUUAAGAGAAGAAGAAACAGGGCCUUUUAUCAUCCCUACACUUAUAUUAACAGGAAGACCUAGGGAUAAAGGUAAAAAGCGGAAACGAAAAAAAAUUAAGAUCUACAAAAACACUUCAGCAGCUGUAUGACUAUAAGAUGUGAGGUGAAGAUAAGCUACAGAAAGAUAUUCAUUUGAAAAACGGGUGGAUCAGCUUUGUUCUACCCCGUGAACUUAACACAAAUGGUGCUUUAUUUAUUUGUUCUCGUAUGUGAAACAUGGAUCAAGUGAUGCUUAAUGAGGACAAAGGGAGCAAGCUACAUUUGUUCUUUAUAAGACAUUAAAUAAUUGAGUUGCAGCACUCCGUUCUUUCUUGGAAACUGAUAAUAAUGUACAUGGAAAAAAAUGGAAGAAUACCAGAUACCAAGAUGUCAAAAAGUCCAAGUGAAUGGAAGACCAUUGUCAUAGUGGAUAAAAGAAAUUAUUCUUUUGCUUAAAAAAGCCAUUUCACUUAGUUGAGCUUGAUGGAUAAAAGUGACUGCAAGCAAACUCAAAAGGACUGCAUUAGCAGCCAUUCAGAUACAGCAAAACGAAGCACAGGGUUUCUAAAGAAGAGUUGUGGAAAAGAUGUUAUGAGAAGACUUAUGAGGAUUGGUUAUCGCCAACUAAUGCUGGCAGAGUGAUUCCUCAUCGCGACGUUCGUUGUGUAGUCUUGUCUGAUUGAACUACAUUCUAUUUUAUUAUACAUGCAAGAAACUUCAGGCACUAUGUGCCUUAUAUCAUGACUUUACUAGCAGGAUGCAAUCUAUUGAGCUAUGUUAAAACCAUAAGCAUAUAUCUGUGCAUACAUGUCAUUACUGUGUCUCAUUUUGACUUCCUUCUAAUUUAAAGCAUUAAAUAAAAUACUGUGCUUAAAUCAUAGGAUAUACAUGCAGACUAUUUUCCACUGGCACGUGCCAAUGUGACAGCAAUAUUGUAUUAAUAACGUGUCACUGUUUCUAGUAUAUGUUAAUGAUACAUCACAUGUAACUAUGUUAAAUGUAAAAAAAAAAUUCUUAUAGCUGCGAUGUACAAUAUAACUGUAGCAGUAAUACAGCUGCUAUAGUCAUUUGAACAAAGAAACUAAAUUCUUUAUUUUUGGUAAAAUGUUAUGCUUACAUGUAUUCAACAGAAAUAUGUGUCUUUUGUAAAGGUGAAGUUUGUAUUUUUAUCUGAAAAUUAACAGGUUUUUAUACUAUCAGAA